AUGCAAAUCGGAGAGGAGAUUCAUGAUGUCUCUGCUGGGCUUCAAUAUCCAACUUCGUCAGCCUCACAUGGGAGUGAUUCCCUUGUGGACGCCACGCCUUCAUCGAAGGCCACAUGUGUGGAGUGCGGCUACGUCGAAAAUGGUAUUUGGAGCCUCAAAGACCACGCAAGACAGCUACGUCACGAGAUAUACAGGUGCAACGCCGCUAGAUGUGAGAAGCGAUUCGCUACUGAGGCCGAACGAGACGCUCACCAGCGCAGGCCUCAUCUCGAAGGUCAUCGGCGCUCAGAGACAAGCCAUCCGAACUCUUGUGCAGAGUGUAGAAAAGAGUUUAAAAGUCGGGCACAACUGCAGCAGCAUGCCAUCGAAGCACAACACACACCAUUUGCCUGUGUGUGUGGCAAAGGAUUCGCACGGCUAGAUGUCCUCUAUCGACACCUUGACUCCUUCGGAAACCAAAUGCCGAAAUAUCCAUGCCAAUUCUGCAAGAAGCACCGCGGCAAGAACGGGUUCAAGAGAAGGGACCACCUGGUUCAACAUAUCAGGGGAUAUCACAAGUUUGAGGCCGAGGAAAAGCUUGGCGAUACCCUGCCUUCUCGUCGUGGCAAGUAUGGAAUUCCUCAAGUGUGUCCUUACCCAGGAUGCGAGUUCCAUCGAGGAGAUUCCUUCAAAGAGCUCAGUGCAAAAGAGCAACGCUCAUCCAAACCCUUCAGUACGCAGGCCGAGUACACUAAGCACAUGAAGGAAGCUCAUGACUUCACUCCAUUUCCCUGCAACGUUGCCGGGUGUGUCAAGACCGGGAAGAAGGGCUACAGUCGGGAGAAGGAUCUUAUCAAUCACCGGAAGAAAGAGCACUCUGAGGCAGCUCCUUAUGUGCCAAAGCCCCGGGACGUUCGCAUUGCUUGUCGAUUCCCGGGAUGCGGUGCUCUCCUGGGGCCCAACAGCCUGCAUUGGCACCCACACAAGGGCUGGUACUGA